AUGCAUCAGCUCUCUUAUGAUGAAAAGGAAUCAUAUCCAGUUGGAGCAAAAAUCGUUCGUAGAGAUUUCUAUGUGGACGAUCUAAUCUCUGGUGGCGAUUCAGUUGAAGAGGUGAAAGAAAUUCGUCAUCAGGCUUCCGUCGAGAUGCACGGAUUCUGUGAUGCUAUCACAGCAGCUUUCGGCGCGUGCUCAUAUUUGCGAUCGGAGGCCAAUGGAAAAGCUGAAGCACAUCUCCUCUGCGCCAAGUCUAGAGUAGCUCCCUUAAAAGCUUUAACAAUACCAAGUUUAGAACUUUCAGCAGCGUGUUUAUUGGCUGAGCUAAUCGAAAACGUUAAGGAAACCAUAGGUUUUGAUUGCAGCUUUCACUGCUGGUCGGACUCGUCUAUUGUGUUGGCGAGGAUUCGGCAGCCUCCGAGGGAGUUCAACGUAUUUGUGUCUAAUAGAAUCGCGAAAAUCCAGGAAAUGACGAAAGGAAUGGCUUGGCAUUAUGUUCCAACAGACUUGAAUCCGGCGGAUGUGGUAUCGCGCGGAUGUACCCCCAAAGAAUUGCUGGAGCACUCCCUUUGGGCAAAUGGACCUCCAUUUCUACUGAAAGGAGCGAGCAUUCAACAGGUUCACAUAGCGGUGGAGUAUGAGGUUCUUAGCCAAGGCAAGCCUUGUCCGCCAAAGAGCAAGUUGAUUUCUCUGGGGCCAAUACUUAGCUCUGAGGGUUUACUUCGUGUUGGUGGAAGGCUUCAAAAUGCGAGCUUGGACUACGAGGCUAAGCAUCCGAUAUUGUUACCCAAGGAUCAUCCGGUCACCAGGGCGAUUAUCGUUUAUUAUCAUGAGAAAUACUUCCACGCAGGACCACAGGCGUUGCUCGUUGCUCUACGGCAAAGGUAUUGGCCAAUUGGAGGUCUAAAGUUGGUCAUCAACAAAUGCGUCAGAUGCUUUCGGAAGAAGCCUGAGGCUUGGGAACUUUAUAGGUAG